AUGAGUGAUCUGCAAAAGUCCUUUGCCCGAGCACGUUUGUCGCAUCUCCCGCCAGAGCCUCCCACUCUUGUAGACGGGCAAGAUGAAGAAGGCGACGAUUUGGCCGCUUUGAGACCGGGCUCUCCAAAUGAUUCUUCUUCCUCGGCCUCGUCAACAUCCUCGACCGGCACCAUCGUCCCCUCGCCCAGUCGGAACCUGUUCGCGAAACCCAGAAGUUCUGCUAUCAAAUCCCGGACUGCCCCCCUUCCGUGGGAUGAUUUCUUUGCCCAAGACCUCGCUUUCGACCAAAGGACACCGUCAGAGACUGUCCACCAUCACGUCUAUCUGACCCCUCCCUCCGCUUCUGGCCCGCUCGUCGUCACCCAUCAUGGAGCUGGAUCGUCAGGCUUGUCAUUUGCCGCCUUCACGACGGAGCUGCUGAAACUCCUUCCGAACGCUGGUGUUCUCUCAUUAGACGCACGAGGCCAUGGUCUGACGACAACCACAACCUCGUCUGGUAGCUCCCCGCCUUCUCAAGACCUCAGCUUAACAACUCUAGCCGAGGAUGUGGCCUUUGUCGUCAAUGCUGUGAAGGCGUACAUGAAAUGGACAACUUUACCAGAUAUCGUUUUGAUUGGACACAGUCUAGGAGGAGCCGUCGUGACCGAAGUGGCCUACGAGAAACUUCUGGGCAACGCCUUAUUAGCAUACGGCGUCCUCGACGUGGUUGAAGGCUCAGCCAUGGACGCUCUAAAAAGCAUGGACACCUAUCUCUCCACAAGGCCCAAGUCCUUCUCUUCACUUGCUUCGGGCAUUGAGUGGCACACCAAAUCUAGAACUAUCCGGAACACCACCUCCGCUCGAGUUUCGGUACCCUCACUGCUUCAAGAAUCAAAAACAACCAAAGACACAUGGUUCUGGCGAACCGAUUUAGCUUCCACCAAACCCUUCUGGGAAGACUGGUUCGUUGGCUUGUCCAAGAAAUUUCUCGAGUCCCGUGGAGGCAAAUUACUCCUGCUGGCUGGGACGGACCGUCUUGACAAGGAACUCACCAUUGGCCAGAUGCAAGGAAAAUACCAACUGCAAGUGUUUCCCGAGGCCGGCCAUUUUAUUCAAGAAGAUCAGCCAGCCAAAACCGCGCAGAUUGUGGCCGACUUUUACAGAAGGAAUGAUCGUACCGGACUGGUCCUGCCUCCCAAGGUGGAUGACCUGAUCAAGCAGGGAAAAUUGAAACCUGCUGGCACGAAAUGA